AUGAGGAGACUAAGUGCCAAUGCAGCGCCUGUUGAUAGUAAGGAUGAGGGGAAGUUGGCAGAGUUGGGAUACAAACAGGAACUAAGACGAGACUGGUCCGUCCUACACAAUUUCGGCGUCUCCUUCUCCAUCAUCUCUGUCGUCACAGGCAUCACAACACUCUUCGAGUAUGGGCUCACGACAGGUGGCCCGGGAGUCAUGUCUAUCGGAUGGAUCUGUGUGAGCUUCUUCACCUUGUUCGUUGGUUUGAGUAUGGCAGAGAUUACUAGUGCUCUCCCAACGGCGGGUGGUCCUUACACGUGGGCGGCGAUGUUGGCACCGAAUCAGAAGCUUGCGGCGUUCUUUUCGUGGAUGACGGGAUGGUUUAAUUUUGUUGGACAAUUCGCUGUAACCACUGGCAUUACAUUUGGCUGUGCGAACCUCAUUGCAACGUUAGCGACGGUCAAGGGAGGCUUUGAGUCGACCCCAAGGAAGGUCAUUGGUAUUCACGCUGCGCUGCUCGUCAGUCACGGACUCGUCAACACCUUCGGGGUUCACAUUCUGAGAUAUUUAAACAACACCAGCAUCGUCCUCCACAGCCUGGGCGUGGCUGCGUAUGCGAUCGCUAUUGUGGCCAAGGCUCCCACCCAUCAGUCGGCGAAGUUCGUUUUCGCUACAUUCUAUGACGGCACAGGAGACCCAGGCUGGGCAACGCGAGCAUCGCCAGCAUACGUGGCGUGCAUCGGCAUCCUGAUGAGCCAGUAUACCAUCACUGGAUUCGACGCUUCUGCGCAUCUGUCAGAAGAGACUCGCAACGCCUCCUGGAGUGCACCUAUUGGCGUUCUCACAUCCAUCAUCUGCUCUUCGGUCUUCGGCUUCUUUCUCCUCCUCUGCUACCUCUUCUCAAUCCAGAACUUCGAGGCUACCGUAGACAGCGAGGUUGGCCAGCCUGUUCUGCAGAUUCUGGUCGACAUCCUCGGUGAAGACGGGGCCAUCGUGCUUUUCUGUCUCGUCAUCAUCUGCGUGUGGCAUUGCGGCCUCUUCUCGCUCAUAUCCAACAGCCGAAUGAUGUUCGCAUUCAGCCGCGACCGCGCCCUCCCCCAAUUCUUCCACUCUGUCGACAAACGUUUCCAAAGCCCCGUCCGCACUAUCUGGCUCGCGGCCAUCUUGGCCUUCAUCCUCGCCCUCCCAUCCCUCGGCUCAUCCGUCGCCUUCGCCGCGGCCACCUCAAUCGCCACCAUCGGCCUCUACCUCUCCUACGGCAUGCCGAUCCUCGUCGGACUCCUCUGGCCCCAAAACUUCAAGAAAGGCCCCUUCAAUCUUGGUGCCUUCUCGCGACCAGUGGCUCUAGUGGCGACGCUAUGGAUCUGUUUCAUCACGAUCAUCUUUUGCUUGCCGAAUGUUACGCCGGUGGAUUCGCAGACGCUGAAUUAUACGCCGGUCGCGGUGGGGAUUGUGCUUGUUGCCACUCUCGGGUCUUGGUUUCUUUGGGCGCAUCGGUGGUUUACGGGGCCGGUCAGGCUGAUUGAGGCGGAGGAUGGUGGGGUCGAUGUUGUUGAGCAUGAUGCUACUGAGAAGAAGGUAGAUGAGGGAAAGCUUGGUGCUACGAUUGGACAGGCACGGGAAGUGUAG